AUGAAGAAGCACACAAAGACUCAAUCCACAUACGCUUUUGACAAUACCGCUACCACUGUGGCAGCGUCUCAGAUGCGUAACGCCUUGAACAACUUGGCUGACACCGUGUCUGAGAAAGAGCACCAGCAGAGAUUCGAAACAGAGAUGGACUCCUUCUUUGCCUUGUUCAGAAGAUACUUGUCUGAUAAGGCCUCUGGUUCUACUUUGGACUGGGACAAAAUCAAGUCGCCUUCUCCCAGUGAGGUUGUUCAGUACAAGGAUUUGAAGGCUGCUCCUGAGAAGGUCACUGAAGGCUUGUCCAAGUUAGCCGUGUUGAAAUUGAACGGUGGUUUGGGUACCUCUAUGGGCUGCGUGGGUCCCAAGUCCGUCAUUGAGGUCAGAGACGGUAACACCUUCUUGGACUUGUCUGUGAGACAGAUUGAGCACUUGAACAGAAAGUACGACACUGACGUGCCUCUUCUCUUGAUGAACUCUUUCAACACUGAUGCCGACACCGCCAAGAUCAUCAAGAAGUACCAGGGCCACAGAAUCAGAGUGAGAACCUUCAACCAGUCGAGGUUCCCCAGAAUCUUCAAGGACUCCUUGUUGCCAGUGCCCGACUCAUUUGACGACGACUUGAACUGCUGGUACCCUCCAGGACACGGUGACUUGUUUGAAAGUUUGGUUUCCUCAGGUGAGUUGGACUCUCUCUUAGCCCAGGGCAGAGAAAUCUUGUUCGUUUCCAACGGUGACAACUUGGGUGCUACCGUCGACACCGAGAUCUUGAACCACAUGAUUGAGUCCGGUGCAGAAUAUAUCAUGGAAUUGACCGACAAGACCAGAGCUGACGUCAAGGGUGGUACUUUGAUCAACUACGACGGUCAGGUUAGGUUGUUGGAGAUUGCCCAGGUUCCAAAGGAACACGUCGAAGAGUUCAAGAGUAUCAAGAAGUUCAAGUAUUUCAACACAAACAACUUGUGGAUCAACUUGAGAGCGGUCAAGAGAUUGGUUGAGUCCAACGCCAUCGAGUCUGAGAUCAUUCCUAACCAAAAGACCAUCUCCAAGGGCUCCUCUGACAUCAAUGUGUUGCAGUUGGAGACUGCUGUAGGUGCUGCCAUUAGACACUUUGAAGGCGCACACGGAGUUGUUGUUCCAAGAGCGAGAUUCCUUCCUGUGAAGACAUGCUCCGACUUGUUAUUGGUUAAGUCUGACUUGUUCUUCCUUGAACACGGUGCCUUGAAAUUGGAUGCUACCAGAGAAGGAUUCCCCAACCCAUUGAUCAAGUUGGGCUCAUACUUCAAAAAGGUGAACGACUUCCAAAAGAGAAUCCCACAUAUGCCUAAGAUCUUGGAAUUGGAUCACUUGACCAUCACAGGUAACGUUAACCUCGGCAGAAAUGUGACGUUGAAGGGCACUGUCAUUAUUGUUGUCAACGAGGGUGAAUCCAUCGACAUUCCUAACGGCUCGGUGUUGGAGAAUGUUGUCAUCACUGGUAAUAUGCGCAUUUUGGAGCACUGA